CAAUAAUUAAGUACAAUUAAGCAGAUAAUUAAACCUAAUCAGACAGCCCCUUAAUCAUGGUUUAUGUAGGAUCCUUUCAUUCCCUACCACCAUUUUAUUAUGCUUUGAAGCCGCCACAAAAGCUCAGAAGCUAUCCAAAAUUCGCACUUAUGGAACUCAAUGCAGCUCAAUCACCACCAACAAAGUACGCAGUUGUUACCGGAGCUAACAAGGGCAUCGGCCUCGAGACCGUCCGGCAACUCGCGAACGCCGGCGCCACCGUUGUGUUGACGGCGAGAGAUGAGAAGAGGGGAAAUGAGGCCACUAAGUCGCUGCACGAAUCAGGUCUGUCAAAUGUGGUGUUUCAUCAGCUCGAUGUUCGAGAUGCACAGAGCAUACAAUCCCUAGCAAAUUUCAUAGCAACACAGUUCCAAAGACUCGAUAUUUUGGUAAAUAAUGCCGGAGCUUCUGGAGUAGUCGUUGAUGAAGAUCGUUUAAGGGCUUUAAACAUCGACCCUGCAACAUGGCUAGCAGGCAAGGCAGUAAACAUGGUACAAGAUGUUAUUAUAACAACCUAUGACAAGGCUAAAGAAUGCAUAGACACCAAUUACUACGGUGUCAAGAACGUAACCGAAGCUCUCCUUCCUUUGCUAAACAACUCCACUUUAGGAGCACGAAUCGUGAAUGUCUCUUCCCUAAGGAGUGAACUAAGUCGUAUACCUAACGAGAAAACAAGAAAAGUACUCGGAGACAUAGAAACUCUGACAGAGGAGAAAAUCGACGGAAUACUCCAGAAGUUUCUAGAAGAUUUGCGAGAUGAUGCACUCGAAGUCAACGGGUGGCAAAAGAUGCUACCGGCUUACAGCAUAUCGAAGGCGACACUCAAUGCGUAUACGAGGGUUAUUGCAAAGAAGUACCCUCAAAUGUGUGUGAAUUGUGUUCAUCCUGGAUAUGUCGACACAGAUAUUAACUGGCACACCGGUACAUUGACUGUGACAGAGGGAGCUGAAGGGUCUGUCAUGUUAGCCUUACUACCCAACGGAGGUCCUAGUGGAUGCUAUUUCGACCGUACAAAUGUAUCCGAGUUUUGAAUUUUCUCGAUUCCGAUGAGAUUUUCUUUUUCCUCCUUUGUGAUCGGUAAGGGAGCUGAGUGUAAUUUUGCAUUCAUUUUAUUACAGUUCUGAAUUAUUAAGACAAGUAUCUGUUGUGCAAUUACUGAUUAUGUAAAGCAUACCGGUGCUUUUGUAGAGAACUAUUUUUAGAAAACCGAUUCGAAGUGCACUGCGAAUGAAUUAUUGUGUUUUGAUGGUGUAAAAUAUAAUUAUUAAUUUUUCAGGGGUGCAAAGUCCUAGAACA